CCUGCUUUGCUGUGUGCGUGUCUUUUGUUGGCUGUGCCUCACUCAUGCUGCUGCCGGGUCGAGCGCUCGGUAUGAGCAGAAUAAAAGUAUGUUCUGCUGCUACGCACCGUCUCAUGGAUUAGACACAACAUAUUGGCGACGAGCUGGACGUACGACCCACCAUCUCCGGAAAGAAUUCUCAGGGCAGUACAGUAACAACUUCGAGGGAUAUGGCAACACGCAUUGCUCAAGCUCUCAGAUCUACAGUUCUCAAGCUUAGGACAUACACGGGACAGCUGGUGAUCCCGAAGGGCGUCGUGGAUGUCCAAGUAAAGUACAACAAGCAAGUAGCAACAGUUCCUUUCUACGUGGUAAACCAGCAUGGACCGCCUCUUCUGGGAAGAGAGUGGUUGCAGCACCUCCUACUAGAUUGGCCAGCGAUUUGUGGCAUCAAAGAACUCCGCAACUGUGGAACUCUCGAGUGCACGGACCGUCAGCAGGACCUCGGUACUCUCCUGGAGAAGUACAAGGCCAUUUUUAACGACGAGCUCGGAACCAUUAGAGGUGAGAAAGCACGCCUGUUCUUGAAAGAAGGUAGUCGCCCGCGGUUUGUGAAGGCUCGUAGUGUACCCGUUGCGUUGCUGCCAGCUGUUGAAAAUGAGUUGAGGAAGCUGGAAGAAUUGGGAAUCAUCGCCGCGACAACCACUAGUGAGUUCGCUACCCCGUUAGUGCCAGUGGUGAAGAAAGAUGGAACAAUUAGACUGUGCGGUGAUUACAAGACAACGAUUAAUCCGCAGCUCGACAUUGACCGUUACCCCCUACCCAGGGUAGACGAAUUGCUCGUAACGAUGGCUGGAGGACAGAAGUUUUCAAAAAUCGAUCUCCGUAGGGCGUAUCAGCAGGUGGAAGUGUGCGAGGAUUCAAAGAAAUAUUUAACGCUCAGUACGCACAAGGGUCUCUAUCAAAUGAACCGUCUUCCGUUCGGUAUAGCGUCGGCACCGGGAAUUUUUCAGCGCAUUAUGGACAACAUAUUGAAGGACUUGCCGAAGGUGUCGUGUUUUCUUGAUGACAUUUUGGUCACGGGCGCCUCAUCAGAUGAACAUCUGGCUAAUCUUGAAGCAGUGUUAAAAAGACUGAACGAACACGGUGUACGCGUGAAGCGUGAGAAGUGUGAAUUUUUCAAAGACAGUCUGCAAUAUCUGGGUCAUGUGAUAAGUGCAGAAGGAGUACACACAUCGCCGCUGAAAGUCAAAGCAAUUGUGGACGCCCCGGAACCGAAGGAUAAGCAUCAGCUACGAUCCCUUCUAGGACUCGUAAACUACUACGGAAAGUUCGUUCCGAAACUGGCGACCAUUGCUUUUCCAUUAAACAGACUUUUGUGCGACGACGUUAGCUGGCGCUGGGAUAAAGCAUGUGAGAACGCCUUCACGAAGAUUAAGGAGCUCAUCACGCAGGCACCGGUCCUAGUGCAUUAUGACCCGCGAUUACCCUUGCAACUGGCGGCUGACGCGUCUGCUUAUGGAGUGGGUGCGGUUCUUUCGCACACGUUAACGGACGGAACAGUGCGCCCUAUAGCCUACGCAUCACGAACUCUUACGCAGGCGGAACAAGGAUAUUCGCAACUUGAGCGCGAAGCGCUUGCGCUCAUUUUCGCCGUGAAGAAAUUUCACUAUUAUCUCUACGGGAGAGAGUUCACGCUAAUAACAGACCACAAACCCUUGCAAACAAUACUUGGACCGAAGACUGGCAUUCCAGCUAUUGCAGCAGCGAGGUUACAACGAUGGGCAGUUUUUCUUUCCGCAUAUACAUACGUGUUACAGUACAAGCAAGGAAGAAGUAACGUAGAAGCGGAUUUCUUGUCAAGAUUGCCGUUAAACUGCGAUGAGCCAGCAGAAGAAGCGGAUGUUGAAAUGUUUUACGCAUUACGUCUUGAAACGAUGCCCAUCAGAAGCAGAGAUGUGGCUAGGGAAACGGACCGCGACCCGACGUUGCGUCGCGUCCGUGAGCUAAUUCUCCUGGGAUGGCCAGCCUGUGUUACAGACCCAGUUUUAAAGCCUUACUUUAACAGAAGAAAUGAACUGACUGUGCAUGAGGGCUGCAUCAUGUAUGGGAUGAGGGUGGUGAUACCGCCGAAGUUGCAAGCGUCCAUCUUCGACGAGCUACAUGACGGCCAUCAGGGGAUAGUCAGAACCAAAGAGCUAGCCCGAAGUUACGCGUGGUGGCCUACCAUAGACUCUGACAUAGCGUUAAAAGUGUCCGCAUGUCUUGAGUGUCAACAAGUGCAACACGCUCCGCCGAGAGCCCCGCUUCACCCGUGGUCUUGGCCAACAGCCCCAUGGCGAAGACUUCACGCGGACUUCGCAGGACCCUUUAGAGGGCGCAUGUUUUUCGUUAUUGUAGACGCCCAUUCGAAGUGGCCUGAGGUUUUUGUUAUGCAGAAAACAACUGCUGAGUGUACCAUUGACAAGUUGCAUAACCUGUUCUGCAGAUUCGGCAUUCCGGAUUCGUUUGUUACUGAUAAUGGUCAACCCUUUGUUUCUCGGGAAUUUAAAGACUUUUUGCAACAAAUGGGAGUGAGAUCGGUAACCACAGCCCCUUAUCAUCCGAGCAGUAACGGUUUGGCCGAAAGGUUUGUGCAAUCGCUUAAGUCAGCGCUUCGAAAGUGUGAAAAUACAUCACGACUGAAUAUCGCCUUGGACCGUUUCCUUCUUCAGUAUCGGAAUACGCCGCACGCAACGACAGGAGAAACGCCAGCUAGACUGUUGUUCGGACGGAACUUACGUUCCCGUCUAGAUCUUGUAAAACCUUGUGUUGAACGUUCAAUGCAACAUAAACAGUUCGUGCGGUCUCCACAUCGGCGUACUCCGAAACGAACCCUAAACGUUGGUGACAUUGUGAUGGCGCGUAAUUUUCGGGGAGGGCAAAGGUGGUUACGUGGUGUGAUCCUUAAUCAGACUGGACCAGUUUCUUACAGAGUGCAGGUUAGCACACCGUACGGAACUUUACUGUGGCGGCGACAUUUGGACCAACUACGAAGAGUUCCUGUUGCAAGUGGACACGCUUGGUUCGACGGCCCCGCCACCGAUGAUUCAACGGAAGUCUCCUCGGAGGCAGUGGUCCAGGGUUCCCCCCGACGGCACAACGAAGCCCCAGUUGUUCUCGACUGUCAAGGAACGCCUUCGCAAGGAACUUCUCAGCAAAGUGCCUCAGAUGGAAGCGAACUUCCUAGACGAUACCCCCUACGAGAACGACGCCCACCAGAUCGUUUCCAGCCUUAGCUUUGCAUUAGAGAGGGAAAAGUGUUGUGUGAUAACAGUCAAGGUUAGCACCGGUAUGUUAUGGGCCACGCCCCCGCGCAGAAGGUAGAUAAGCUGCCUGCUUUGCUGUGUGCGUGUCUUUUGUUGGCUGUGCCUCACUCAUGCUGCUGCCGGGUCGAGCGCUCGGUAUGAGCAGAAUAAAAGUAUGUUC